UUCCUCAUGUAGUAAACAAAAUGUUCAUAUGAACUCAGUUGUAAUUUAUUGUUAAAUCUUAACAGUCCAAAUAAAACAAAUGGUUUAGUUUUGUUUUUGUUUUUAUUUUUUUAACAUAGUCUUUUUCUAAAUCCAGAAAAUGGAAUUGACCUUGAAAUAUUCAGAUCAUUCUGUAUUGAACAAUGUACUUCCUGAUUGGAACAAAAUGGUUGAAGAAAAUGAAAGUUUGUGGCUGCCAGAUGUAAACAAUGUGCCGCUGGCAAAUGUCUUUAUAGAUACAGAAUCAAAUGAAGUUCACAUUGACGAUAAAAUUAUCCGUUUGCCAGUGGACAGUGUCCCGACCACUCAAGUAAUACAGAAAAUAGAGACAGGAUCAGAUGCUCCUAUAUAUCUAAGAAGCUUGCCGUUAACUCUUGAAACAAUUGUAACUCUUUCAUCGGAAAGUUAUCUAAUCGAUGAAGGAAACGUAAAACAAUUUACUAUGGGCGAAUUGGCAAAUUUAGUACAUAUAAAUGAUUUUACCACAAAUAUGUACUCUUUCUGGAUUUUAGACACUUUAGGAACUAUUAUUUGGGAAGCGCGUAAAAAAAAUAUGGCAAUGGAAAAUCAAGCUACUCUCAUUAACUGGUUCUUCUAUUUUAUAAGAACAUUAAAAUAUACAAGUUUACCUAGGAAAGAAUUUUUUAGAAUAAUAAAGCCGCUUUUCUUGAGGACGGAAGAAUGGAUGAAUACAAACCUAACACCCACUGUACCUCUCAUAACUGGCAAAAAUAUAAGCUUACCUCUGAAGUUAAAAAAAAAACAGAAAGCUCCUUCAAAUGAAUUUGUUGGAGAAGCAAAUUUAGGAAAAAUGCCUUCUGAAUAUAUGGAUAAUAAUCCCCAACCCAGACAAUCCCAAAUUUUCUAUAUGGCAGGGUCUGAGAUAUUGGAUUUGGGCCAAGAUCUUAAAAUAUAUGCAGAGAAAAUAUAUAAUAUUUUCUCUGGAAGAUUAGAAUAUGAAAUAAUCCGUGAAGUUUUCUGGAAUGAACCCAUAAUUGAAACAGUGCAAUUAUCAGAUCGCAUAAUGAUACCCAAACCACUCAAGUCAAAGAUAGAUGUUUUCAAUUUAAUGCAGGAUGGAGCACCUCAAACUAGCCAGGCAGGCAAGCAAGCAGCGAAAAAGAAAAGUAUUUCAGGAGGGUCAAGAAAAAGUGUGUCCAGGAAGAGUGUAUCUAGAAAAAGUGUAUCCAGAAAGAGUGUAACUAAGAGUGACUCAAGAAAAAGUGUAUCCAGGAAGAGUGUAACCAAGAGUGACUCAAGAAAAAGUGUAUCCAGGAAGAGUGUUUCUAGGAAAAGUGUUAGUGGAGGGAAAGGUGGUAAAGGUGGACCAGGAAAGAGUGGUUCAAAGCAAAGUAGCACUAAAGAAAGUACAGUGAAGAAAGACAGUAGAAAGGUUUCGAGUGCGGCUAACUUGGAAAUGUUGGCAAGGGCAAUGGCUGAAAAGGCAAAAAGAGAAGAACAAACUUGCUUACAAUUUCUAAAAGAUGCAGUUGAACCUAAGUCUUUGGAAGUGAUACUAGAUUUCAAAACAAAUAUAUUUCUCAAUUCUCUACAAGUAUGUUUUAUAGUUUUGUGAAAAAUCUGUUUGGAUAUAUCGAUUUGCACAAUUUACCUGAUAAAUGGAAGAAAUACAUUAUUGAAAGAGGUUUAGAUUUAAAGGAAACAAAGGAUAGUUCAGAAAAACAGUCAACAAAAAAGCAAUCUGCCAGAAGACAGUCAGCAAAAAGACAAUCAACAAGGAGACAGUCAGCCAAAAGGCAGUCGACCAGGAGACAGUCAAAAAAAAAAUAAAUUGUAAUAAAAGUACUUCUUUUUUUCAAGCCAAUAUAUCAAUUGUUAUAGGCUUGUGCAAAUCUUGAAAAUGUGUCUAUAAUCGUAAGAAAUUUCGUGUUAUCUAGUGUUAUGGUGUCAAUAUGUACUAUUUCGAAUGGUUUUGUUGGUGUGGGAAUAAUAUUGAAUUUUAGUUUGAGGGGCUCCAGUCAUAUCUUACUAAUAAGCAAUUUUCGCAUUGAUUGAUAAAAGUUUGUACGGAUUUUCUUUGGUUGGGCCAAUAAUAUAAUCUUUUAAUUGCAGUAUCGGUUUCAUCGAUUCCCCAAUGAUUUGUUUUACCUACAUGGUAAUUUUCAAUUAUUUCUUUUUCCUCCUCUUUCGACUCAAUGUCCAUCAAUUUAUCCGUAUACUUGGUAAAAUUGAUUUCAGCAUCUUUAAAAUAUGAUGCCAGUGUUGAACUAAAUUUUUCAUAGAUGUCACUUCCAAAAUAUAGACCGUAUUUAGUUUUGAGAACUAUGUAAGAUUUAAUAAAAUUAAUAACAUCCUUUUCAAAUUCAUUCCUCGAAAGUUGUACCAAUAUUCGUUGUUUUGAGUUGUCGAAUAAAUUGAUAAUUUUGGGUUUGGCAGGGGCACAUUCUACUUCAGAAAUAAUGAUUUGAUUAUUUAUUUUAUUAAUUGGUCCUUCUAAUAUGGGUAUAUUGAUUACUGUGGUACCGUUAAAAUUGGAAUGCAUUGUUGCAUCUUCGUCAGUUUGUUCGUUUUCGUCUAUAUUCACUAUUACGGACUCGUCUGAGUGAAGUUUAUCAGUAUUCUUCUAAAUUUUCUUCUCUGAGUUCGGGGUGUUUAUUAUAAAAUUCUCCUAACAGUUAGUCUAUACUCAUAUCAUCUAACUUAUAUAUAACUUAUCUUAAAUAUUACUAACCUACAAAGUUAAAUCCUCUGUUGUUUACCUUCAACAAGGGUUAAAAAAGUCUUACUAACUUUAAGAAUUAAAGAAAUGUAUAAAAUUCAAUAAAUGGAGAACUUGUAGAACAUAAUAGUUGCUCUAAGCAAAAUACAACCUGGUAUUAUAUAACUAAAUCUUGAGCUAUUAUUUGGGAAACAUUUUGUCCGAUCUGUUGGGCUUUUAUAUAAUAUGUUUAACUAUUUAUAUUAUACCUUCCUUUAUAUAGUAGAAAUUUGAUAUAUUAAAUUUGAUUAAUUCAACUGAUAUGUUUAUAUGUUAAUAAUCACUACAUAUUUUGUAAUAGAAAUUAGAAAACUAACUCUAUGUCUGGGCAUAAGAGAAAUAACUACCAUCCUUGGUUGUGUGUCCGAAGUGAACAUCGAUGUACGUAAAAAUAAGAAUAUCCAAGAGAUAAGGAAAAACCAACAAUAUAUAACCACUUGCACCAAA